UUCAGAAAAACCCAAACAAGUUUCACUCUUCUUCCUCAAACUUAUUCUUGUUCUGUCACACAAAAAUAUGAAAGAAUUACUUUGCAUAAUGAGGCCAUGCUUGCUGAUGUUCUUGUUACUUUUAUCGGUUCUGAUUCACGACGCGCAUGGUAGAAGGUUAAUUAGGACUCCUAGUAAUAAAGGAUAUGAAUCUAUUCAUGGGCUACAUAUCUUACAUCAGGAAAAACUUGCAAAGUUGAACAAGAGCAUUGAUGAGGGAGAAACCAAGAAUGGGUCAGGAUGCCUUAGGCAACUAACUUUGAUCCAUACCACCAUUGCUAAGAAAGGUGAAAUGUUGAAACCAGAGGGCCUCGCUUCAAUAGGAAGGGAAAAACAAAAUAUUUUUGUUAAUUCGUCUUCGAAAGAUAUUUUAGAGAUGGAUUACACCUUAUCAAGAAGAAAACCGCCAAUACACAAUUAAGUCAAUUUGUCUCAGUAAAAAGGGUGCAGCAUUGCAGAAAUGCUGCGACUUUCUGUGUAGUGUGUACUAUAAUAUUUGUAUGAGUAUUAGAUUAGAUUAUGUGAUGAUCAUUGCGACCAAUUUAAUAACAAGCACUAGCUAAGCUAGAUAGGAAAAA